UUGUGGUUGGUUGGUUGGCCGUGGUCGGCCGCCAUUUUGCGUUGCGUUUAUCGUUUGCGUUGAUACAUUGUGGUUUUAAGUUUAAGAUUUUAAAAAACUGUGAUAGCAUAGAUAAGUUAUCUAAUUUAAUUGUAAAAUUGUAUUUAUUUAUUUAAUUGUUAUUGUGUUUGUGUUGUUAUAACCAUGGGAAGGAAAAAGAAGAAGGCAUCUAAACCUUGGUGCUGGUAUUGUAAUAGAGAAUUCGACGAUGAAAAAAUUCUGAUUCAGCAUCAAAAGGCGAAGCACUUUAAAUGCCACAUAUGUCAUAAAAAGUUAUACACGGGCCCCGGACUGUCAAUUCACUGCAUGCAGGUACACAAAGAAGCCAUAGACAAAGUUCCAAAUUCAUUACCAAAUAGGUCAAAUAUAGAAAUAGAAAUAUAUGGUAUGGAAGGUAUACCACCAGAAGAUAUCAAGGAGCAUGAGAGGCAAAAAACAGGUGGUGGCAAAGGGUCCGACAGUGAUGAUGAUGAACCUGCAGCUAAGAAAAAACCCACUGCAGCAUUGCUGGGGGCAGGACCAUCCACAGUGAGUGCGGGCAUCCUGCCCACUCCCAUGGCACAGAUGCCGCAGGGCAUGUACCCCGGACAUAUGUCCAUGAACCAUAUGAUGCCUCACUUCAUGCAAGCGCCUAGGAUGAUGAUGCCAGGAAUGAGGCCAUUGUUCCCCGCAGCGAGUGUGCCCACGUCCACACCAAGUAAACCCACCUUCCCUGCUUACAGUAACGCGACGAUAAGCGCGCCUCCGACCACCUCGACUGCUGCGGGAGGCUCGGAGCCCAAAGAGAACGGGGAGGUGAAGGUGCCCGCAGCCAACGCCUGCCCCCUGGUCACCGCCACCGGCGCAGGCUCCAAGAUCGUGCACCCCCCGGAGGACGUCUCCCUCGAGGAGAUUCGAGCCAGGCUCGCUAAGUACAGACCCAAACCCAAGCCGGACGCCCCCCAGACUAUUGCCACCUCCGUCGCCAACAUGAUCUCCGCCAGCACCAGCCAAGCCGAGUGGUGCCAGGUGGCGGCGCACAUGUCCGCGGCGGUGGCGGCGGCGCGCCAGCAGGCGGCGCUGCGCCGACCCGUCAUGCAGCAGGUGGUGGGCGUGCUGCCGCAGCAGCUGCAGCUGCAACAGCUGCCCCAGCUCCAGCAGCUGCCCCAACAGCUGCAACUCCAGCAGCUGCAGCAGCUGCCGCGCGUGGGCGUGCCCGUGUCCAUGCCGCCGGUCAUGUUGCCCAUGAUGCCGCAGUUCAACAUCAUGCGCCCCAUCCAGCCCGGCAUGCUGGUGCCGGGCGGGAUGAUGCCGAUGGGCAUGUUCGGGGGCGUGCCGGGCCUGCUGCCGCGCUACCGGUAGCCGCAGCCGCAGCAGCAGCAGCAGCAGCCGACAGGUACCCCCGACACAUACAUAACGCGGUGACGGGACACUAACCGGCCCCAGGUAAGACGAGGACGAGUCCGGCGCGCUCCGCUCGGCGGCCCUCGUCUCCGGUGUACAUAGAGCGGGGGGAGGGCGUGUUUGUCGUCGCCGGGCGGGGCGUGCGGGGCGUGUGGGGCGUGCGGGGCGUGAGGGCGUGGGGGGCGGGGACAGGUGACGAGAUCGCCCGGCUCGGCCGCGGUUGGGCCGACAGUUCCCUGCGGCUCCGGCGCAGGCGACUCGCUCCGCUGUCACAACUCUGGUUGUUGGAUUGGCGGCCCCCUGUCCCCGCGUCUCUCCCCUCGCCCCUCACCCCUGUCCCCGCGUCCCUCCCCGCGCCCGCAACAUCCUCCGUAGUGUAAUGUUCUAAACUCCGGGUGUUCAAAUGUGUGUAAGAAUAACGAUCGUACGUUAAUUAUCUGCCUUGAAUUUUUUUCUUAAUUUCCACGUGAAGUUGUGACGUUUUGCCUAUCUUGUAGAAUUUUGACACUUUACUCAAUAAAUGCUAUGGAUCGAA